GGAACAUUGUCAAACUUAGGCUAUUUAUGACAUUUCAUCUGGGCUGUUCCGAACCCGAAUAAGCGAGGUUCUAUUGUUCUUUCGUGUUGUCUGCGAUCAAACAGUUUGCACUCCAAUUUGACGAAAAUGAUUGCUAACGCCGCUGUACCGCGAUUGGCCACCGCCGCCGCCCAGGCCCUGCAGCGCCGCACGUACUUCUCCGUGUCGAGCAGCCUGCCCCAGGUUCGCGUAUCCCUCGCGGAAAAAACCGUCCAUGGCCUGGCCAUCUUCGGUGGAGUGAUUGCCUACCCGAUCUGGGUCAUUGCUCACGUCCGUGAGUACAAGGGAGGCAACUAAAUGCUGCGCGAACAUUCUAGUGAUACACUGUAAUCCCGUCGAUCCGCAAGGAAUUCAUCCAUGCCAAUGUGUCCCUCGUGAUGCUGGUGAAACGGCCGCUGUCAAACGCCUGGUCUCUGUAUGAAUAAAAGCAUGAAUUAUUUUGGAUCAUAACAA